AUGAGAAACUGAGUUCAUACAAUACUACUGAGACAUCUACAGCUUAGCAGACAGAUACGGUGAACCGCCUAUCCCAGCUCCUGUAAAUGAUGCUGCGCUGAAGCACACUUUGAUCCUAACUCCGUUGGGGGGGCGAUGCGCUCUCUGCAUCCCUCCUUCAAGAGUAUUUCGGGAGCGUGCAUAACCUAGAAUCAGUCAAAACAAGUGGUUGUAAAAAAAAAACAGGUUUACGCUUUCAGUUUUUCCAUCAGAACUCUGUUUUUUGCGCUCUUGGAUUGAAGUUUUACGAGGUGGUCAAGAAACAUUUAACGCACACACGCCAAGUUUGGUGCCGGCGUGUUUUUGAUCUGCUAGAAAAGAAGAAGAAAAAAUUGGCAAUUUCAAGGCAAACGUAGGCUAGGGUUACAAAGUUAAUGUAGAACAAGCCAGGAUCGCCGCGUAUCGUCGGCCGUGGAAUUUUGAGUCCAAGACAUCCAAGGAGGAAUUACAGCGACCGUUUCAGUCAAAGUUGAUCGCUGUGAAGGUUUUUUUUCGUGCACACGAGGACCACCGUUUUUUUAGCACAUGGAUAAGUUUUUUUAGUGGAUAACACAUUUUUUCUACUUGCAUUGCGUUUUGCUGCCACUUCUGAUGAGGAUCCUCUCCCACUUCAGUUAAAUUCUCUUUUUGUAAAUCAGUGAUGUCUCCACGCGGCGGUACUCACGGUUGAUUUUUCAUCAUAUCCGAGCGGGAAAAAAGAAUUGGCUGCUGGAGAAGCAAAGCUCCCAUUCACUCUUGAGUAUGGACUUAGCAAGUCAGGCCCAUGUGCUGGUGGUCUUGCUCACCUGUGUGGCCGUGCUAUGUCAGGCCCAGGAGAGGGACUACACGGUGAAGGAGGAGCAGCCGGAGAACGUUCGCAUCGGGAACCUGCGCAAGGACCUGGACCUCAACCUUGACCCCAACAUCAGGUUAUCCUCACCGCUGCAGUUCAAGCCUGUGUACAAGACAGGUGACGUGCCUUUGGUGAGGGUGGAGGCCAACACGGGGGAGAUCUUUACCACCAAUCACAGAAUCGACCGGGAGAAGCUGUGCUCAGGGGUCUUCGCUGACAAACGCUGCUACUAUGAGAUCGAGGUGGCCGUUCUGCCAGACGAGAUCUUCCGUUUGGUAAAGAUCCGCUUCCUGAUCGAGGAUGUAAAUGACAACGCCCCCCUUUUCCAGUCAACUGUAAUAAACAUCUCCAUCCCGGAGAACACAGCUAUCAACACUCGAUACCCAGUGCCCUCAGCAUUUGACCCUGAUGUGGGAAUCAAUGGGAUCCAACACUAUGAACUGGUCAAGAGUGUCAGCGAGUUUGGCUUAGACAUCAUAGAGACUCCUGAAGGGGACAAGUGGCCGCAGCUCAUUGUUCAGCAGAACCUGGAUCGCGAGCAGAAGGACACCUUUGUGAUGAAGAUAAAGGUUGAGGAUGGUGGCAACCCUCCCAAGUCCAGCACUGCCAUCCUCCAAGUAACCAUCUCCGAUGUCAAUGACAACCGGCCCGUCUUCAAGGACAGUGAGCUGGAGGUCACGGUCCCAGAGAAUGCCCCGAUGGGGACAUCUGUUGCUCAGCUCCACGCUUCGGACGCAGAUCUGGGUUCCAACGCCCUGAUCCACUUUGCCUUCAGCAAUCAGAUCUCUGCCCCCACCAAACGUCACUUUGUCAUUGACAGCUCUACUGGGUUGGUCACUGUAAAGCAGCCGCUGGACAGGGAGGUAACUCCUGUUCACAAACUCAUUGUCCUUGCCAGUGAUGGCAGCUCCACCCCCUCCAGAGCCACGGUGAUUGUUAAUGUAACAGACGUUAAUGACAAUGUUCCCUCCAUAGACACUCGCUACAUUAUCAACCUGGUUAAUGGGACGGUUCUGCUGUCGGAGAACGCUCCCCUCAACACCAAAAUAGCUCUCAUCACUGUAACUGACAAGGAUGCAGAUCUGUAUGGUAAAGUGGCUUGCUACACCGACCAUGAUGUUCCUUUUCGAUUGAAGCCUGUCUUUAACGACCAAUUUUUACUAGAAACAGCUGCCCCCUUAGAUUAUGAGACGACUCGAGAAUAUGCAAUUAAGAUAGUGGCCUCGGAUAGGGGGACGCCUCCUUUGAACACUUCAGCUAUGGUUUUAAUUAAAAUCAAGGAUGAGAACGACAAUGCACCCAUCUUCCCCCAGCCGGAAAUCCAACUUUCCAUACCGGAGAACAAUGACCCCUCUACACAGUUAAUAAAAAUCAGCGCCACUGAUGCAGACAGCGGACAUAAUGCUGAGAUUAUUUAUACUCUUGGCCCUGAUGCACCCGACGGGUUUAACAUAGACAGACGGUCAGGAAUUCUCUCCGUUGGCAAACGACUGGACAGAGAGAAGCAAGAGAGGUACUCAUUCGCUAUCUUAGCAAGGGACAAUGGCUCCACGUCCCUGCAGAGCAAUGUCACUGUCAAGCUAAUCGUCCAGGACCUUAAUGACAACAGCCCAGCUUUCACACACCCAGAGUACAACUUUUAUGUACCCGAGAACCUGCCUCUCUAUGGGACUGUGGGCUUAAUCACAGUGACGGACGCGGAUGCGGGAGAUAAUGCGAUUAUAACCCUGUCUGUUUUAAACGGGAAAGAUAAUUUUAUCAUCGACCCCCAAACCGGUGUGAUUAAACCCAACAUCACCUUUGAUAGGGAGCAGCAAAGCUCCUACACAUUUAUGGUUAAGGCAGUUGAUGGAGGGCAACCUCCAAGCUCAUCCUACGCCAAGGUCACAAUCAAUGUGGUCGAUGUCAACGACAAUCGCCCAGUGUUCGUCAUCCCAUCCUCCAAUUACUCAUAUGACCUAGUGCGAACCACCACCAACCCUGGGGCUGUGGUCACCAGAGUGUUCGCCAUUGACAAUGACACAGGUAUGAAUGCUGAGCUGCAGUACAGCAUUAUCAGCAGCAUCAUCAUCACAUCUAGGGUCUCCCCUCGAGGUCUCUUUGCCAUCGACAAGACAACGGGUAACAUAACACUGCAGGAGAAAAUUGUGACAGCCGAUCAAGGGUUGCAUAGGCUGAUAGUCAAAGUCAAAGAUCUGGGUCAGCCUGAGUCAUUACAUGCCAUCGCACUUAUCCACUUGUUUGUCAAUGACACUGUGUCAAAUGCAACCUUUAUCCAAGAGCAGCUGCGAAAAAGUAUGGAGACACCUUUGGAUCGUAACAUAGGGGACAGUGAGGUAACACCUCAAGCCAAUGGAUAUGUGAUUGUUGUCAUAGCAAUCAUAGCAGGAACCAUGACUGUCAUCUUGGUGAUAUUUGUAACUGCCCUGGUCCGCUGCCGACAGACACCAAGACACAAAGUGGUACAGAAGGGCAAGCAGAGUGGCGAGUGGGUGUCACCCAACCAAGACAACCGUCAGAUCAAGAAAAAGAAGAAGAGAAAGAAGCGAUCCCCCAAGAGCCUCCUCUUGAACUUUGUGACCAUAGAUGAAUCCAAGCCUGACGACCCCACCCAUGAGCAUGUUAAUGGAACACUGGAUCUCCCUGUGGAGUUAGAGGAGCAAACCAUGGGGAAGUACAACUGGGCCACAACGCCCACCACCUUCAAACCUGACAGCCCAGAUUUAGCCAAGCAUUACAAGUCUGCGUCCCCUCAGCCUACAUUUCAAAUCAAACCCGAGACUCCAGUGGCCCCAAAGAAACACCAUGUGAUCCAGGAACUCCCCUUGGACAACACGUUCGUGGUGGGCUGCGACUCACUCUCCAAGUGCUCAUCGACUAGCUCCGACCCAUACAGUGUCUCAGAGUGCAGCUGUCAGGGGGGAUUCAAGACUGCGGGGCAAAUCACCACCCGACAGAACCUGAGCCCGACACCGGAGCAGUCGUUCAACUCACCGCCCCCCAUUUGUCCUCAUAAGGAGGCCUGUCAACUUGGCAAGAUAACCUCUAUGAAUACCCAGCGCCGCGUGACGUUCCAUCUUCCCGACGGUUCCCAAGAGAGUUGCAGUGACAGCGGGCUCGGAGACCCAGAGCCGAGCAGCACUGCCAGCACCACCCAACCUCUCCCCCUCAGCUUCCCCCAGGAAGAGUACUAUGAGCAAACAUCACCAAACAGCCGCACCGAGGGAGACGGAAACUCAGACCCUGAAUCUAUUUUCGUGGUGACAAGGGCUCUGCCUGCUCUGCCUCCUCUGCCUCUCCUGCCUGCUCGUCCCUGGUGUGCACUUGACUGUUCAAGGACUACCAGCACUAAUGCUAUCGAGGUGAACCUACAGAAAGCCUUGGCCGAAGCCUCUGAGACCUGUACCCAGGAGUGUCUGAUACUGGGCCACUCUGACAGCUGCUGGAUGCCCCCAGCCCUGGCCCAGUUCCAGGGUCCUGGCAGCAGCAGCCCCACCUCCACCCCAAUCGCCACCGCCAUCAGCGGCACAAUGCCAUCUUUUGGCUUCCAGCAGAGCUGUGCCCGGGGAGCCAAAGUUAACAUGGUCAGCAUGGAGGUCAUGGACGGCCGCCAUACCCUGGGCAGGUCCGUCCCCAAAAAAGAUGAACUGGACAAAGGGAUCAAUCGGCCGCAGUUCUACAACACCUUAGAUAGACACUGCAGUAAGAAAGAAGACCCCUUCAAGGUCAUCCCCCUGGCGAGCUUCUCCUCUCCUGGGCAGCAGACGCCCACUGGGGGGGGCAGCAGCUCUUUCUUACAUGAGCACCAGUUGUAAGAGGAAAAGACAGAUCGUCAUCGCCCUGACAUACAUAUGACUCAAUCUACAGAUGACUGGUUGUCAGUGACGUUAUGAUCAUUGUGUGUGCGCGCGGGUGAAGGGAUGCAUGAUUUGAAUUGACCAGCUCAGUUUUACUAAUGACUACGGUUGAGAACGGAUUCGAAUAUGAUGAUGUUGUUCAAACAUAUAUGUGGGGUCAGUCUUACAGCUAAAGCAUUUGAAAGGUAAUGUAACUAACAUAGAACACCCAUGUAAAUUAAAUAAAGGUGGUUCUAUGCCAAAAUCAAAAAAAAGAAAAAAGAAACUCCUUUCAGUACGGUGGUGUUUGCUUGGUGACGAGAGGUGGGGAAUGUACGCCUCAAGCCCCUUGGGCCCUGCUCAGUGGGCUCAGGGGACUGACCCGUCAUUUGCGCAGAAACACUCGCAAAUAAUGUACUUUGUGUUGAGUGAGCUAAAUCAUGCUGACCGUCAAUUUUGAGCUGUGGGUGGAUAAUGUUGCUCUUGAAGGUCUGAUAAAGUAUUGGUCUGUACAACACACAGUACAAACUCUUUUGGUGGUGGAGGAUUUCUCUUUUUGUCUCGCAUGAAUGUGUUUCAGAAGUCUAUUUUGGUCAGGGACUGCAGGAGCAUUAAAAAACUGUCUACAAAGCAUAACUAGGCCAAUGGUAGACAACACCGGAAAACUUUUACACUCUACAUUUUCACCAUGGAUCGACACAGAAAAUAUGAAAGAAAAGAAAAACUCCUACACAUCCACACACUUAGCAAGGAUGUUUUUUCCAAUGGUGGUUGCUUCAUCUCUGCCAACUCCAUUAAGAAAAUGUUCACUCCUGGCAUUAUCUCAGCAGCUUAGCCUUGAAAGAUUAGCACUUUGGAAAAACACACUUUAUUUCCUUCCCUUGUUUACUUGUCUCACAUUUUGCUGCUCAGAAACACUGACAUUAAUAACGGCUAUUGAGCCAAUUAUGAAAUUCUCACUCUAAUUACUUUGAUGUGUGAUCUCAGCAGCGACCCUCAUUGUGGUAAGAAAUCGUUGGCUAGCAAGAAACAUGCGAGGCCUGUGCGCAAAAGGGGACAAACGCAGAAUAGCAGCUUCAAACGCUCCUUCUCUUCCAACCCUAUCAUUGAUAACAGCUUUUGCCCGUGCUAAUAAUUACUUUAUGUGUUUUUUCAUGCAACUCACCCCGGCAACAAAUUUCCUUUAUCAGUUUUACUGUGUUGGCGCUGAAAUAAUAGAAAAUGGAAAAAUGGCCUCUGGGCCAAAAGUCAAACUAAAUUAUUAACGUUAAUGCUCUUUUUGUAGUUCUCAUAAGGUUUAGCAUUGGCACCAUUUAAAAAGACUUCCCCUCACCAUAGUUCCUUCAUACAUGCACUGCAUCACUACCUUUUUUAAAAUUAUACUGAUGAUGAUAACUACUUCUGACUAGCUUGUUGACGUAACAGAUUGGGGGCAGUUUAAUCUAUUGCCUGAGCAAUAAGGGAAUAUGCUGAUGUGCAUUUUUCUUUUAAGUAGCAUCCAAGCCAGGUGUUCAAAUCAUCAAGUAUGUGAUUGAUGCAACUCAUUUUCUUGAACCAUCUUGCAAAUUAGGAAGAGCCCUAAAUCUAUAAUGCAACCCGGCAUAUGUGAGGGAAAGCGCUAGGGAAAUUGUGUUUGCAUGCUCUUAGGUACCACACCUUUCUCUCUGGUACUUAGGGUCAGAACUCGUCUUAUUAUAAAGAGGAUUUAGCCGGUGAAAUGAUCGCUUAAAGUAACAGCGUAUCAAGGACAUGGAAAAUGAGCAAUUAUAUUUCCCCUUAGUCAAUUACAAAAAUGUAUUCAAUUCAAAACAAGCAUUUUAAAAGCAUCCUCAAACACUGCUUUAUUAAAAUGACCUUGUUUGGGGAUUUUAUUUCAUUGUAUUUGCUCUUUUUUACUAUAUUGCUUUCCAUCUAAUUUUGUUGUUUUAGUACAGACAUAUAUCACCAAAUGGUGUAAAUUACACAUAUUUACUGGUGUCACUGAAAAUGGAAUUUUAUUACUUUCACAAAUGGAAACCCAACACUUACAACAAAAUGUAUUAUUUCAUUCUCUGUUUUCUAUCAAAAAAGAAGGGCAAAGAAAUUCCAGGUAUUGAUUAAAAAAAUCUGGAAAAAUAACAAAUUCACAAACAAUAAGGACAGACAAAUUGCUGUUCGAGUGUUUAUAGAUUUGACACAAGAAAUACAUACAAUUAUACAUCCCAGAGGGAGAUAAUAACAAUCAAAUAUGUCUAAUCUAAUCACAAUGUAGUACAAAUGUGAUUGUUUGUAACGAUGAAUCCAUACGUGUACAGUGAGCACAAUGUUACCUAUCUAUAACUAUCAUUUAUUUCCACUUAUUCUGCCCACAGAAUAAUCUCUUCUUGAUUCCUAAUGAUUCCUGAUAACUUGUGUGUAUUGUAAUGUUGCAGCAGCUACAUUGAUUGAAAGAGAACCUUUAAAGCGAAUAGAAUGUACAUCUGUAUGUUGUUCGUUUGGACACCAACGUCACUUUUUUUGUCUGCUGCUUGUCCCACUUUAUUCUACCAUUUACUCUCCGAGAGGUAAAAGUACAUUUUAAAUUAGAUAUUAUACGUCAAAAAAGGAGCAAACAAACAGCAACUUGAAAUAAAUUCGGAGGGCAAUGACGGGUUCUCACUUUGCACGAUUCUUCUCUCCCUUUUAUUUUUUAAUACGUUUUUCUUAAUUCUUUUUGCCCUAAAAAUGAAGAUAGUAUACAUACAUCUUUUUUUUUAAUUUUUGUCUUUUUUUUCUAAUCAAAAUGUGUAAUUACCAUGUCAAUUUGUGUCAAUUUGCAUGAUUUGUUUGGACCUCCACAACGCAACACUUGUAGUUCAUGCAUCAAUCAUUAGAUUCAGUGUCAGUAUUGGUGUUUGUGUGUCUUUGGAACAAAACAAAUGUUACAGUGUGCACAUUCCGACUUUGUAAAAUGUGCGUACCACUUUUGCCUCUACGUACACACAAUAUCUACCCUGUCAGGUAGACUGGAUUUUAAACUGUAAAUAACAGUAUCCCGAAGAAUUAACACAACAUUGAUGAACUGGACAAGACAAAUAUAGUUAAGACUAAAGGCUGAAGGAAAAAUACUUGAAGUCGCUAUAUUGAUUUAAAGGAAAAACGGAAAACAUAAGUGAUGAGAUGACAAUCUCUCUUGUAAUGUAAAUGGUUACAUACGCAUAUUAUUGCUGAGAGUGUGUUUGAAUGUGUUUAUAGGUGAUUGUGUAUGCGUGUGAGGGAGACGGUUUGUUUCUCUUUGCAUGUAUGAGCGUGUGUAUGUGCACAUUUGUGUGUACUGGCAUGCACCUGCCAGGAUAUUGUAUGUAUACAAAUGUAUCUUGUACAAAAUAAUAUUAAAAUAUGAUAGAAGACUUAAGUAUAUGCUUGUAAAUUAGUCAUCAGUGAGUCAGGUCAAGUUUUGCUUUGAAAAGAGGCUUCAAUCCUUGCCCGGCAAAUCUGUAUUGGUCCGUUAAAGCUAUACAGUCUGUGUUGUCAUGCCUUUGUAAGAUAUCCCAUUUAAAUCUAUGAAAAAAAUGACCUUCAAUAUGGUAAAAUGAUUUUUUCUUGUCAUUGAAUUUUACUUGAGCCAUUAAAUAUCAAGUCCUCAAAUUA